AUGUUCGUUGCAAAAGAUACGUUACCACAUUCACAGGAUUGUUUCCCUGGGAAACAGUCUUCCAUUACAACAUCCCCUCCUACUAUUAGAUUUCGUAAAGCUAGUUAUUCAAAUACAUUAGAACCAAAUAAUAACCUUUCUACACAACCAUUGUCACCAUUAUCACCACAUGCAAGACGACUCUCCGUCAACGACAAUGAUAUAUUACCAGCAGAUUCACUCUAUGCGACAAAUAAUAGAGGGAUAGGUAAUCAAGAUUGGGCAAUAGGUAAAGUUCUUCCUACUCAAUCUUGGCCAAAUUCAAGCAGAAGAAAUUCAAUACUGGACAUUCAAUUUUCAAUAAAUAAUAAAAUUUCGUCUCUAUUGUCAUCACAUGAACUAUUAUCAAGAGAAUUAUCAAAUGUAAUCACACCUUUAUCGUCAAACGGUCCAGAAUCGUUAUUAACUGUACCAACUUCUAACCUUCAUAAAGUACUUCAAAUUUUGACUUCACUACAAUCUCAAAUUAACCAAUUAAUAUCGUUAAAGGAGAACCUAGAGAUUUGUAAAAAAGAAGCUACACCUUCAAAUCCAACGUAUAUGACUGAUGAGAAUAAAAAUUACAAAUUACCUCCUAUUUCAUCUCUAACGGAUAAAUUAGAUAUUAAUAUUCCAAACAGUACAGGAUUAUAUCCAAAUUAUGGAAAGAACGAAUACGAAUCAGAUGAUCCUGUGAUACCUUUACAAUUCCAACAACAGAAUAUUAAUAAAAGAACGAGUUCAAUAGACAUGAUGUUGAACCCAGUUUCAAUAAUAGGAAAUGCUAAUAAUAAAAGAUCGAAAUCUGUUUCUCUAACUACUUCUUUACCUCUAGAUUCAAGUGACAGAAAUUCAUAUAAAUUAACAUCAACAGCACCUGCUGCGGUACAAUCAGAUUUUAUUAGAGACUUUAAACUAACAAGAAUUAGUUCAAAUAAAUGUUUGCAAUGUGGAGAAACACAAACUCCUGAAUGGAGAAGAGGACCAUAUGGAAAUAAGACUUUAUGCAAUGCCUGUGGGCUAUUUUAUAGUAAAUUAACUAAAAAAUUUGGUAAUAAAAAUGCUAACUUACUCAUGAGGUACAGACAAAAGACCUCACCCUCUGAUAGAAAGGUACCAGUUGAUAUAGGAGUUCCUGAUGAUUAUAUCCAAUUAAUAUCUCAUGAUACCACUCUAGAUCAAGAUUAUUUUACACAACAAUCAUAG